AUGGCCAUGGAGGACGCGCCUACCUCGUCCGCUCCUCCGUCUGGACGCGUGGAAGAGGCGGACAGCAGAAACAGCCUGCGACACAUCCUCGCAGACCCGACCAUGGAAGACAGCAACAAAGCAUCACCAUCGGUGGCCAAUACACCAGCGCCUGAAGACAGCGAGGCAGGAGGUGAUGUGCCAGACGGCUCGCGACCAGCGACAGACACGGAUGCGCCCCGUCCCUAUUACACGGCCACGACGACAACCACACGGCGCAAUGCCAAUGGCAGUGUCUCAUCCGUCUACAGCGGCAACAAGAUCAAGCAUCUCAAAAAGGACGACGGCAUCCCGCUCUGGCGCAAGGACAUACAGUACGACUUCCUCAAGCUCGUGUUUGAAGACGACAAGCCUGUCUUCACCAAGCAGUCGGAUGGCACGAGCGGCCACACGUUUGCUGACAUCUAUCUCGAUGCCAUGGCUGGUAGCAGCAAGUGCAGCAAGAUUCUCAAGGACAAGUUGCUGACUGAGCGGCCGGCUGCUAUCAAUAUGGCCAUGGUCUGUCUGCUGGUCAAUGUCGGGCGCAUGAAUACUACUUUGAACUUCUUUCCCGAGAUGCGCGCCCAGCUGCGAACAUAUCACUCGAUCCCUUCGCUCCAAGCACACCAGGAUCCCAACGCCUACAAGCAGCUGCAAGAUGCGCCGCGCCUCAAGUCCAUCCUCAAGGGCGCCACAGAAGAUAGGGAGCAGCCCAGCACCAUUGAAGAAAUCAUGGCCGCCACCAUUCCACGCACAAACCCCGUCAACCUCAUCUUCGUCCUCUCCCAAUACGCCCCCAAGAUCUCGGAGCUGCACUUCUUCCCGCCCCGCGACUUCUUCGAUCUCGUCAUGCGCCCCAAUCUUAGUAGCAGGAGCCGUGCCACCGCCUUUCUCUGGCUGAUGUGGUGGUAUCUCGAAAGCGACUUCUCCAAGCACGCUGCGGAGAACAACCCGUUUGGCCACGGCCAGCUGGGACCUGCAGAUGAUCCUGCGACAGCCGAUUUUCCAAUCAAAUGUCCCCCCUUUGACAUCUUGACGCCGGAUCAGGAGGCGCUCGAGAAUGUGGAUACACCCGAGGAGAAGAAUUUUGGAGAGAUCAAGCGCAAGGAGAGGACCGCCAUUCUUGCGAGUGACAUGGCGCCUGUCGUCACAGGACCGAAGAGGACGAACAAGAAGGCAUUCAACCAGAAUCCUGUCUUCUCUGUCAUAGCAGAUGAUGGCGCUUCUACCCCUGGCAGAGAUCGACAAUCGCCUUCCCACGGCUCAGCCCGCGGCCGCACCAAGUUGGCCAAAUCCCUCCUCGAGCGCGACUAUGCCUCAGACACUGACCGCACACGUUCGGCCUCUCCCCCAAACUCUGUCUACAACACCACAAGCAAACAGCAUGCCGCUACACCCAACAUGCGUAUAAACACCCUUCUAAACGACGACGCCGGCCCUUCCUCGUCCCCCGCCCCCAAAGGUCCCGGCCGCGGCAACUGGUCGCGAAAUCGCUCAUCGGGCCUCCACCACCCCGGCAGCGCCGCAAGAACCUUCAAAUCACGCCUCGACGCCACAGCCUCACAAGACGGCGCCUCCCCCUCUACCAGCGCGCCCACCUUCAACGGGCCCCACGGCUUCUACCUCCCGCUCAACGGCUCCGAUCCUUCGCACAAACGCACCCGCCCGCUCACCCAGCACCAACUCGCAGUAGAACAAUACCGGCGCCGCCGCGUCGACGUGAUUCUUGCCCGUAGCCUGCGCAAGGAAUACGCACUCGCGAGUCGGCGCCGGCGUCGCGCAAACCCGAUUAUGCUCAGCUGGAUCCGCUGCAAGGGCAUGCCGGACGGUUACGACACGGAUGAGGAGACGCACAGCCUGGGCAAGUAUUAUGGCGGUACCGCUGAUAGUGGUGCGGGUGGUGCCAUGGACCUUUCCAAGACGCAAACACCCCCGCCCAUGCCGGCCGGGCUUGUGCCCUUGGAUUUCGGCGGCGAGGUCAACGAUCAUGGCGAGGAGAGUUAUUACCGGGCCAAGAUGCUGGGCAGGGCGUUGAGAAGGGUGGAGAGAUGGGAAGGACGGCGGGGAACGGGUAGACGGACACGAGGCAAGGACAAGAGCAAGUCUGGUCCUGAUGAUGAACGCGUUGCACAUCCCGACGCCGACGCCGACGCCGACGAAGCACUCGACGCAGCCAACCUCGAGGAAUCUCAACGCCAACAACAUCGCAGACUCUUACGCGAAGAAGAAACAGAAUCCGAAGACGAAAUCAUGCGCGAUGUCGAUCGCGACGCUGAUGCUGAUGCUGACCCUGACCCCGACGCUGAGGAUAGAGAGGUCCUUCUUGGUCGUGGGGAGGGCAGCCCGGAUGCAGAUGGCGAUGCGGAGGAGCCGGGGGAUGAACAUGCAGCGUCGGAUGAUGAUACGGAUGAAGAGCGGGGUUGGGAUGGCGAGGGCCGGUCGUUGCCGGGUUCGAGGGCUUUGAGGUAG